AUGAACCCUGGCGACGGCUUCCGGGCAAAACAAGCUACCAUGGGGAUGACGGCUAAGCAAAAGCAGUUUCCGUUGGAUGUACUAUUCGACAUCUUUUCCCAGCUACCCAUCAAGACACUCUUGCGCUUCAGGUGUGUCUCUCCGCUGUGGUGCACCAUCAUCGACGAUCCAGACCUUGCUCGCACGCACCGACUCCGACGUGUUGAAGAACCCAAAAUUCUACUUCUUGAAGCCACGCACAAACCGCUAGACCCAGUGUUUCGAGAAGAUAGGAGUGGGCUCUUAUGGUUUGUAAAUGGCAAAGCAGCGUAUUCUCUUGAGGGCUGCUGCAAUGGGUUGCUUUGCUUCACAAGACCUUUCUGGUCUUAUAACCAUAGCCCUUUGUUUUUGGUUAAUCCUCAAAGGCAACAAGUUGUAGAGCUGCAACGUCCCCCUUGCAAAGGCGCCCCGUGGCCUCCAGUGCAUGAUACAGUGUGCAGUUGUAGUUAUGGUUUGGGGUUUGAUUGUUCAACAAAUACGUACAAGAUUGUUGGAGUUUUUUUCAAUGGAAAAAAUACAGGCGAUGAUGAUUUAUGUGCCCAAGUGUACACUCUUGGAAGAGGUCGAUCCUCAUGGAGAGCCGUUAAAGGUCCUCCUAAAACCACAAUUAGGAGUCGUAACUGUAUCCAUGGAAGGCCUGUAUAUGCAUGUGGAGCACUUCAUUGGCUUGUUAUGCGUACACAUAAUCAUAUUCAAUACAAGAUUGUUUAUUUUGAUGUUGGAAAGGAGGAAUUUGGGUUGAUUUAUCCACCCAGAUUUCAGUCUGAGUCCUGUCAUUUAGUUGAUCUCGGAGGAGACUUAGCAAUGGCCGUUGUUGGUGGAUCAUAUUAUUAUACGGAAAUCGAGAUAUGUGUAAUGAAGGAAUAUGAUCAAAAGAAAGAGUGGGUCAAAGAAUACACGAUCUGUCUUGCAGAUCUGCAAGAGAUGCAUCAAGAGAUAAGAGGUGAUAACUUUAAUGUUAUUGGGCUAUUUGAAGAUAGUGAAAUACUAGUGAAGGUGACCAACGAAAACUUCCUCUUCUAUAAUACAAAGACUGGCCUGCUAAAGUACAAGCGCCACCAUAUCCCAAGGCUCGAUUAUGACACAGAAAUCCUAUAUCACAUGGGUACCCUACUAUCAAUUGCUCUGUUUCGGGAAGAGUAA